AUGCCACAGGGUGAUGCUGCAACUAUAUCAUCCAAUGUGCUAAGUUGCUUGGAUAACAUUCUACCUGGGACUCAUGAAAAACAGAAGCUUGUUGCACAAUGCUAUGAUGGUGCAUCAGUAAUGAGUGGCCAACAUAGAGGUGUUCAGAGCAUAGUAAAGGAUGCAUAUCCCAAUGCUCACUAUGUUCAUUGCUAUGCCCACCAACUCAACCUGGUACUACAACAGGCUGUUUCACAUAUCACUGGUGUAAGAGUAUUCUUUGCAAAUUUAAAUGCAUUUUCAGUUUUUUUCUCUCGCUCUCCAAAGAGAGUAUCAUGCCUGGAUGAAUGUGUGGCCAGAAGAAUUCCUCGCUCUGUGCAAACCAGAUGGAAUUUUCAAAGUAGAAUUGUCUCAACUGUGUUUGAGCACAAGGAUGAUCUGAUAAAGUGCUUUGAGAUGAUAAUAGACACAUGGAAAAGAGACCAAGUAAGUGUUCGUGAGGCAAGUGGCCUUCUUCAUUGGCUUCAGGACAGAAACUUUUUAAUUUAUCUGGAGUUCUUCCAGCAGUUGAUGCCACAUGUAGAUAUUCUCUAUGCUCAAUUGCAAAAACGCCAGAUCUCUGCAACAUUCAUUCAGACAUGCAUCCAGAAUUUUGUCAAAGCUAUCAACAAUGUGAGAGAUAAAGUUCCAGAUAUCUGUUCAAUGACCUCAUCUGCUGAGAGUGUGGAUCCUCUUCCAAAAAGGCCCAGAUUCCCCUACUCUGAUGAAGAAUUAUCUGUGACACUGAUAGAAGUCUCUGAUGUUAUAAUAUCACAUUGCUGCUCAAGAUUCAAAUUCACUGAACAUCUUACUGCUGCCACACUUUUCGAAAGUGGUUCAUUUUCUUAUUUUGAGCAAUCCUUCCCAACCAAGGUCGUUGAAAAUGCAGUGAAAUCCUUUCCUUUCUUUGAUGGAACCAAGCUACAAUCAGAACUUUCUGUCAUCUAUAGCAGACCAGAAUUUAGACAAUGCUGUGGGGCUGUUCCAUUGCUCCAUCAUCUCAUGGAAAGCAACCUUGCAGACACAUUUUCAGAAACUGUGCAACUGCUUAAAAUCAUAAUGACAAUUCCAAUGUCAUCCUGUGAAGCAGAGAGAUGUUUCUCAACACUUAAGAGAAUAAAGAAUUUCCUGAGAAACACAAUGUCUGAAGAAAGGUUGAAUGCUUUGGCCAUGCUCUCCAUGGAAAAGAGCCUUAUCCGAGAUUCAACAGACUUUAACAAAAAUGUAAUUGAGAUGUUUGCCCAGCUGAAUAAUAGAAGAGCCAAGUUCCUUUUUAAAUAA